CGAUGCCAUCGAGCAAGUUCCCGGUGCCGGACGAGUUCUUCCUCUCGCCGACGCUGCCCGUCGAGGAGAAGCGGUACCUCACGCACAUUGCGCGCACGGCGUGCAAGGAGCUCAUCAAGAAUGCGCGCAUGAACGGCGACACGGUCCAGUGGCACCCGAUCGGGCGCCCGGACAGCGGCACGGCGAGCCACAUCAUCACGGAUGGCCUCCCGGCGGCAGCCGAGAUCCACUCGAUGAUGUACGAGGGGCGGUCCAAGCGCGACACGUGGAUCAACAACCACAAGAACAAUAUCAUCAUGGGCUCGUGCGUCACGCAGGUCGCAGGCACGAUCGAGGAGGUCGCCGCCUUCUACCAGCGCUCCACGACCGCCGAGGCGCGCAGCAUGGCCGCGUCGUACGAAGAAGACUUUCUCGACACGUUCGUGCUGCACACGCUGACGCCGCCGACGCCAGAGAACCCGUGGCACAACAUCACCGUGCGCUGGACCGCGACCAAGUCGCCGUGGUCCGUCGCCAAGCACCGCGACCUCUGCUACGUCGAGUGCCAAGACGAGUUUGUGGACGUGAGCGGUCGCCGCGGCUGGGUCCUCGCGCGCGAGUCGGUCUCGCUGCCCAUCUGCCCGCCCUUGAGUGGCAUGCACCUCGUGCGUGCGACGACCGAGCGCUCGGGCAUGGUCUUCCUCGAGAGCGAGACCACGGGGCUCCUCAACGUCAUCCAAAUGUCCAUGAUCGACUUCAAAGGCUCGCUUCCGCGCCUCAUGUCGCGCGUCGCGAUCCGCCGGCGGCUGGCCGAGGUGCUGCACUUGAACCGGUUCCUGCACGAGCGCCGACUGAGCCACGAGCCGAUUCUGGGCGACUUGGAUCUGAUUCCCAAGGCCGAGCGCGUCUUCUGCAACGUCUGCAACAAGAAGUUUGGCGUCUUUACGCGCCACAAGGUGCGCUGCCGCAAGUGCGGCGAGGUCGUCUGCAUGGCGUGUCAGAAUAUCUGGACCGUCGACAUCGCGGUCCGCCACACGGUGCACAACUACAAGCUGCCGCCCCGCGCCCGGCGCAACGUGCGCAUCUGCGUGCCGUGCUCGCGCGAGACGCGCGUCCGGUCGCUCACGAUGGCGGCGACGACGACGAUGAACACGAGCAUGGACACGAUGCAGGCGCUGCACAUCUAUGGCGGCGUGCCGGCCCACGGCGGCACGAUGCGCGAGUCGGACGACCUCCUCUCAGAUGUAGACAUGCUUCAGUCGGCGCGCUCGAAAGCCACGACGUCGUACGAGUACCCGGCGCGACCAUCGACGCUGCUCUACAACAUUCCGUCGACGCACAACGAAGAUCGCCAGGACGACGACGACGACGACAGCCGUUUGUCGCUCACGGACGACAACUACCGCCGCAGCAAGAGCCUCGAGGUACACCAAACGACGCACUACGAGUACGCGGGCGUGUACGACGACGACGACGAAGCCGACGACGAGUGGAACCCAGCGCUCGAGCACCUCGCGCCGCGCGAGUUUGCGGCCAACAACGAGCGUCUGAGCAUGAUCAGCGCCGCCGACUCGCUCUCGCAGUCGUUCGUCUCGAGCAUGGACUCGGUCUCGCACAUGGGCUCGUACCGCGACUCGACACCGCUCUUCAACUACCGCGCUGUCGACGUCGACGCCGCGCGCGCGACCCGCCGCGGCUCGAUCCCAUACAACUCGAGCAUCUCGUUUGGGUACGAGCUCAAGCAGCCGCUGUACCAGGCGCAGACGACGCAGCAAGUGAUCGAGCAGCUGGUCACGAGCGCGCGGCAGCUGGACGAGCACCGGCGGUCCUCGGUGAUCGGACGCACGUCGCGGACGUCGAGUCGCGAGUCCGGGCGCGUCUCGGGGCGCGAGUCCGGCCAGACGUUCCAGUUCUGCGACAACAAGCUCGUCGGCAUCCGGUCGUCCGAGAUGAAGAAGACGCCGGUCGUGUUUGACCCGACGUCGAAACCCGCGACGAGCUGGCGCGACUCGAAGCCGUCGACGCUCUUCGCCUCCUUCAACUCGAACCACACCGACUCGGAGAAGACGCCGGUGCACAGCCGGGGCAGCGCCGACCUCGACUUUGUCAUGGAGGGCGACGCAGACGACGAAAACAAAAAGGUCCGGGUCACGGAGCUCCGCGAGCGCAUGCAGGUCAUGACGCAGGACGUGCUCCGGGGCUCUGGGCGGCUCCCGAGCCAGGCGUCGAUGGGCCAAGAGUCGGACGAUGGCCCCGAAGAUCUCGUGGCGCUCUACAAGGAGCUCAAGGCCAUGCGCAUGUAGUAUUCGUCAAUCUUCAAGGCUCGGUCCUGUUGAAUGAACACGCUAUUUGCUUGGCCUUCAUGACCAAGCAUGUCAUGAUCCACUCCGUC